CUUUCUCUGUAGUUGUUGUACUAUUAAUUAAAUACUAAAUUAGAAGAAGAAAAUGGAGCUUGUCAAGUGGCAGUACCGUAGUCCGUACAGCCUCAAGCAGCGCGAGCACGAAAGGCUUUUCGUCUUUGGCGCCCACACUGUCGUGAUGCAGCAGCAGCCGCACAGGGAAAUUAGCCUCCAGCAAAACACCGGCUUUUUGGUUUGGGAUGGCGCGUAUAUUCUGGCAAAGUUCCUGUAUGCGCGCCUGCAUCUGCGCGGCAAGCGCUGUGUGGAGCUGGGCGCUGGAGGCGCGCUGGUGUCGAUUGUCGCCCGGCUGGCGGGUGCUGCGCGUGUGGUGGCGACGGACAUGCCGGAAUAUUUGGAUUUUAUCCGCACGAAUGUCGGCCUGAACAGCGUUGGAACCAGCACACGGCGAGUAAACCUGAGGCUGAAGCCGAAGCCCGAAGCCGAAGCUGAGGUUGAGGUUGAGGUGCGUGAGCUCGUUUGGGGCCACCCGGUCAGUCCAGAUCUGCUGCCUGUUGACGUGGUGUUCGGCUCUGAGAUCCUCUACCUCUCAUCACAGCACACAGCGCUCCUACACACGCUCUCCCAGCUCAUGCAGACAAACCACACAGUGGGUUACUUCAUCUACAAGCACCGCAACCUACAGGAGCAAAACUUUGCAACAUUGGCCCAGGAACAAGGCUUUUCCGUUAAGGAGUUGCCUCAGGCCAUGAUAGAUUCGGAAUUUCACUCUGAAUCUUACGCUUUGUUGAAAAUAAUGAAAGUAAAAAUGUAGCCCCCCAAAAAGGUCCUCCGGCAACUCAUCCCCCUCCCACCAUUAUCAUAAAAAUAACAAUGACAAAAAGGAGAACUCACGAGUGGCGUCCUGUGUGAAUCAAACUAAAUAUGAGCCUAGUUGCAAAACGCAACCGAGCAAUCUAGCUAUAGAAACACAAACUUGGCCAACAAAACAAGUAGAGUUUUGUUCAUUUA